AUGGCCGAUCUGCGUGGGGGGGAGGGAGGGGAGGAGGCGGUGGUUGAUGUUGUGUCUGGAGGGUGGAGUGGGAGGGGGCCGGGGGCCGGUGCGGGGGAGCCGGCAUCGCAGAUGACGGCGUCGGGGCCGUUCAAGGGGGAGGGCGGGAAGGCGGGGGGCUUGAGGAGGAGGGCUUCAAUCAAGCAGAGCAUGGAGACGGACGACCUCAUUAACCUACUGCACGGUUCGGAUCCGGUGAAGGUGGAGCUCAAUCGGCUUGAGAAUGAAGUCAGAGGUGGGAAUGCACUUCGGAUCCGAUGGCCUUCUGUAUAUUUCUUGAUUUCUAGGUGUUUUCUUUUCUUUUCUUUUCAUGAGGGCUGUGAGUUUUCAGACAAAGAGCGGGAAUUGGGGGAAGCGCAGGCAGAAAUAAAGGCGUUGAGAUUGUCAGAGCGCGCGAGAGAGAAGGCUGUUGAAGAGGUUUUUUUUUUCUCCCAUAUCUUCAGUUCAAUGCAGCAGUUUUUUAUCUCCUUUUAAUCAUUGAAAACCACUCCUUUGUAUUCAUUCAUUUCCCUUAGUUAAGGCGAAAAACAUACGGCCUACCCUCUGCUUAAAUUGUUUUGAUGCAAAAUAUGAAUUUUCUUAAUUUCUUGAAAAGUGAAGCAAGAAGUUAGAUCGAGUGCACUUCUAAAAAUCGUCAUCAAUUGGAUUUUGAUACAUCUAGUUCUAAACAUCUUCUGUGCCUCUUUUUUUCUCCCCCCAUUUUUCAUUCGGAUGCUUUAGGGAACUUUGGAAUGCUUGGUCUAUUUAUGCGAUUGUCAUAUCUUUCUCUUGCGAUUUAUUUUUUUUAACGUUCUCUUAUCAAUUUCGAGUAAAGAUCUACCUGUUUUGAUGUUAUAUUUGUAGAGAUUGUAUAGUUGGACAAUCAGGCUACUCUUCCUUGUUUGAAUUUUGAAUUGUCAAACAUAUUUAUCUGCUUCUUUUUAGAUGUGGGGUCUAGUUCGUUUUAAAAUUGUAGCUUUUCUACCUAGUCCUUCAAGAGGCUGCUAACCAAUACCAGUUUUCUUUUCAUGCCGUGUUAUUUCUAGCUCACUGAGGAAUUAACAAAGCUGGAUGAGAAGCUCAAACUGACUGAAUCUCUUCUUCAAAGCAAGGUAGUCUACGGGGCUUUAAUUUGCUCUGAUUUAUUAGCAUGCAAUCAUAUGUGUUGCACAAUUCCUUCUUUUAAUUUUUUACUUGAAAGUUGGUUAUGGUUCGAGGAUAUUUGUUUCUAAAUUGGUUAGAUCUUAGUAACGUGAUUUCAAUGGAGCAUAUCAGCUAAAACAGGUUUUCUGUCUUUAUGUGCUUGUGCUUUUAAUCAUAACUGGAUCUGGAAGCUCUUUAUGUACAUACACCAACAUCAGAAAAAAAAUGUUGCAUGCAUAACUUGCUGCUAUGACCAAAUGCUGUUAACUGCAUUCAUCUUUAGGAUUACCAUUUGUUGAUUAAGUUAACAAAUCGAUUAUUAGAAGCAUCUUAGAUGCUUACAUUUUUAUAAUAAUAAAAUUGUUGACUUUGAAUCAAAAGUUGAUUUUUUUUAUCUAAUUUAUUCUUGGCAUACUUUUUAAACCUGCUCGUGCAGCCUUUCUUGAUCGGAUAAAAACUUGGAAAUAAGAAAGGAUGGGUUCUCUAUUCCAAGAUUAUAAUUUUUUUCCGAAACUUUAAUCAAUAUCACGAUGGCUAUCGUCAUCGCUACACUCGUUAGCCUCUCCAGUUGAGCCCGUAAAUCAAGUACUGGAUAUUGUGUGCAAAACUCCCUGUCAGUUUUUUAUCCCUAGUCAGUUCUUUCAUUGGACUCUUCCAACUUUUAGAUAUAUUCUCACUCAAAAAAAGAAACAGUUAGGACUGCGUGGAAGUCUGUUCCUUGGAAUGAGCUGAAUGCAUGAAAAUUUGCGAGUUUUUUUACCAUAAUGUAUGAAUGCAGGUCUUACUGUUUCCGCAGUUAACAAAUAAAAAUCACUUUGGACUCAGUGGUCAAUUUUCAAGAAACUUCGUUCUCCCUUGUUUUUUCUUUUUACUUUCUAUCAAAGUAGUUUUUUUUUGUGGGGACUUGUGCAGAAUCUUGAAAUCAAGAGAAUUAAUGAGGAGAAGAAAGCAUCAAUGGCUGCUCAAUUUGCUGCAGAAGCCACACUUAGAAGGGUUCAUGCUGCACAAAAAGAUGAUGACAUGCCACCAAUCGAAGCAAUCCUUGCACCUCUUGAGGCAGACCUCAAGAUUGCACGGCAAGAGGUUUAAUCUUUCUUAAUCCCAAGAACUUAUUUACAUGAAUUUACGGUUGUUUAUGAUUUAAUUUAACCUUAUUUAUUGACCAUUGCAAUGUUGUUCCUUUUCAAAGAGCUCAGCGACAUCCCUUUUCUGUUUUUUAUGCUUUAAUUUACAUUUUCUUAUUAUUUACUUUAUUGAUCAUGGCAAUGUAGUUUUUAAAGAAAGCUGAAAUACAUUACAUAUUUUGGUGCCCAACAACGCCCCCCCUUCCCAAAGAGAGAGGCCUCUUUUUUUGGAAUCCGUCAACGUGUGAAUUUUAAUAAACAAUUUACACCUACGGACAGACAUUGAUAGAGCUCGAGAACCGCCAUUUUCCAAGAAAAGACCUUUUCCCUCGAAGAAUUAGUGUGUCUUGUGGUAUCAACUGCUGAUCUUUCUUCCAAGAUUCUGUCUGUUUUCCUUCAAUGGUUGCAAACUUUGCAUUUCCCAUGGACUGAUGGGAAUCACAAAUUGCAUGCUUCAAAGUUCCUGAUAUUCUCUACUAGUUGGGCACUUAGACAAUAAAUGUUCUAUUGCUUCUUCUUUUUUGACACAUCAAACAGUUUGUAUUCAAGUCUCCAACCGUGCCUUUCUGUUGUGACUCUUUUUUGAGUCAAUGAGGCAAUUUGGAAAGUCGUACCUCCUGAGAUUUUUCGUUCAUCUUAGUCCUUCCUCUGCCUUACUAUUCUAUGAUUAAACUCUGAUGUCAUACAAGAUAACUGGUCUCCGUCCUCAAUUGUUUAUUUCACUUUUUUAGGACUACAUUUUUACGUUUUUUUUUUUUUUGGGGGGGGGGGGUGCGGUGGGGUGGGGUACAAGAUCCUACGAAUUUCAACUUUAUCAAGAAACUAUAUAUUUCGUUUAUUGUUAAUAUCUACUGUUUUUCUCUUGCAGAUUUCAAAGCUUCAGGAUGACAACAAAGCAUUAGAUCGACUGACAAAAUCUAAGGAAGCAGCUCUGCUUGAGGCUGAAAGGACUGUGGAAAUUGCUUUAGUCAAAGCCUCUAUGGUGGAUGAUCUCCAGAACAAGAAUCAGGAGUUAAUGAAACAGAUUGAAAUUUGUCAGGUAGUUUGACUUGGCUUUAAACUUAAAACUGUGAAAUGCCUUUUGCAGAUGCUUUUUUCUUUGAUCAACUUUUUUCCAAACAUUUUUUAGGAAGAAAACAAAAUCUUGGAUAAAUUGCAUCGGCAAAAGGUUGCUGAAGUUGAAAAGCUGAGCCAAACUGUACGGGAGCUGGAAGAGGCUGUUCUUGCCGGUGGUGCAGCUGCGAAUGCUGUGAGGGAUUACCAGCGGAAGAUACAGGAGAUGAAUGUAAUGCUUUUGACUUUUCGGGAAACUGUCAUUGGAUGAAAAAUCUGAGAUCUGUGAUGUACUAAAAGCUGUUUCCUCGCAAUGUAUCAUUAAAACAUGCUUUCUUGUUUUUGUGCUUUCAUUCAGGAGGAGAAGAAAACUCUUGACCGUGAGUUGGCCCGCGCUAAGGUAACCGCAAAUAGGGUUGCGGUAGUUGUGGCCAAUGAAUGGAAGGAUGCUAAUGACAAAGUGAUGCCUGUAAAGCAAUGGCUUGAAGAAAGAAGAUUCUUGCAGGUGGACACUUCAAACACUCGCACUUUCUCUCACCACCUUGUCAGCAUGUGGCAUGGUUUAUCAUACUAUGAUGCUCUUAGUUUCUACCUCGUGAUGCGUAUGGUGUCUAUUGCUGAAAGAACCUGAAUUGAGCUUCUGACACAGGGAGAGAUGCAGCAACUUCGAGAUAAGCUUGCAGUUGCAGAGCGCACUGUUCGAUCCGAGGCUCAGCUUAAAGUACUUAUCCUGUGAUGAUCUCUGCUCUUUCUUUUGUUUGUUUAACAGAAGGGACCCUAAAACAUAUUCCUUAUCUUUAUCUCAGGAGAAGUUUCAAUUGCGCUUGAAAAUUCUAGAGGAGGGAUUAAGGAUGGCUUCCAGCACUAACAUCCGGUCUACAGUAGAGACGAGGAAUACGAGCAAUGGGUCCUCACGCCGCCAGUCUCUCGGCGGUGCCGACAGCAUCCCCAAGCUUUCUUCGAAUGGAUUCUUGUCCAAGAGAGCUCCUGCCUCUCACUCCAGAUCCUCUCUCUCUGCAAGCACUCUCACGGUCUUGAAGCACGCCAAAGGGGCGUCGAAAUCAUUCGAUGGUGGUAGUAGAUCACUGGAUAGGAGCAAGGUCCUUCCUAAUGGAAUGGGCCCGAGCUUCUUGCUGAACAAAUCCACUGAUGCCACCAGAGAGAAGCCUGCCCAGAGUAGCUGCAAAGAUAACCCAGAAGAGAAGCUGACCGAUUUCCCCACUGUCGAAACAGAGGAUACAGUGUCUGGCCUCUUGUACGACAUGCUUCAGAAGGAGGUCAUAACAUUGAGGAAGGCUUGCCAUGAGAAAGAUCAAAGCCUGAAAGACAAAGAUGACGCCAUUGAGGUUAAGAAAUCGAUGAUCUCUCCUAUUAAUUCUCAGUAUCAUACCUUCAUGGCCUUUAAAAUCCUUAUUGUGCUCCAGAUGCUGGCGAAGAAGGUGGAUACACUCACCAAGGCAAUGGAGGUCGAGGCGAAGAAAAUGAGAAGGGAAGUCGCCGCCAUGGAGAAGGAGGUUGCAGCCAUGAGAGUGGAUGAGCAUGAAAGCAGAGCAAGGAGGCUCGGGAGCUCCAAGGGCUCUGUGAGUGCUUCUCAGUUACUCCCUGGGAGGUAUGCGUUCUGUGGCUACUUCCUCUGCUUCAGUGCUUUUGCUGGUAUUGAAUUCGCCGAAGGCUAAUGCUAGAUAGUUAUGUGCCUCCCUUUUGACUUUGGGCCUAUCGAGCAGGCAAUCACUGCUACUUAUCUUCAGGAGCACCUGGGUGUUUUCCUUCCUAUGGAAUCAGGGUAGAUGGCCCUGUGGGCUCGGACCCAGGGCUGACCCGCUCAGUCCCCUAGCUAGUUGACUCUGCCUGGUUUCCUUUUCAGGCACCUGGGUGUGUUUCCUCUCACUCUCUCUCUAGGCUCUCUAGGUGCAUGUAGAGGGGAGGGUUGGGCCUUUCCAGUGGUUUAGGUGUCCGGCUUGGAGUCCACUUGGCCUACUUCUUGGGGGGAGUCUUGGGCGGCCCUUUUACAUCUCUCUUCAUGGCUUAGCUUUUAAUUUGAGUUCAUCAGUUUCAGAUAUAUUUAGCUUCUUCUAAUGGACCUGCAUAUGCUUGAAGAUAAUGGUUUGAUCCCAGGUUACAUCCCAGGCUUCGCACUAAUUCUGUCAAAAAAUAAUCUCUAGAAUCUCAUGCAUCUAUCUCUCUACUUUCAUGUGACAAAGCUUUUUUUUAUUUUUUAUUUUUUAUUUUUUUAUUUUUUUUUAAAAAAGCUCCUCCACUCUCUCUCUCUCUCUCUCAUACUCUCUCUCUAUCUAUAUGUCUACCUCUCUAUCUCUCUCUCUCUAUUCAUGCGGUAGAUGUAAACUUAGUGCCAGAUUUUCCUGGUGAUGCUGACUUUGUAAUGUUGACAUGCAGAACAUUGCCGCGAAGUGGGCUGACCCGGAACCAUCAAUGA